CGUGAAAGUAUCCUCACUACUUCCCAGAGUGAUAUCGUCAAUUCCAAAUAAUGGCUAAUCGAGAGUUCUUCUACUUCUACGCUCCAACAUGGGACUAUCCCCCGGAAGGCCCUAUCAAACUCGGCAAUGUCAUCAGCUCAGUCAAGAAACCUCACAUACCCCUCAUCAAUUCUCCACCCACUGAAGGCACAGGCGUCUUCAAAACGGAGAAGAAGAAAGUCCAAUAUACGACGGAGAAACUACGAAGCGGAAAGUUCUCAAUCUUGACCAAAUUUCUGAGUGUCCUUGGGUUUGGCGUGGACGUUGGUGCUGAGAUUGAAAGAAGCGACGAAGAAACAUUUGUCUUUGAAACGUUGGAGACCACUGAAUUUAUUCCAACAUCAGAGUAUCUAAAUCACUGUGUCGAUUCUGAAGCUGUUCGUAGAUGGCUGGAGAGAUCUGGCUAUUCUAAGCCAAUCUACAUUAUCACUGGACUGAAAGUUGUCACCGGGGCUGCUGCAAAUACUCUAAAAUCGCGUACCGUCGGUGGAAACCUUUCUGUGGAGGUCGAUGGUACAAUCUUGAGUGGCGGUACCGUACCUAUUGGCGGCGGCCCUGGUAUUGAGAGCAAGGCUGCUACAAGUCAAGGCACCAAGUGGGAGGGAGGCAACUUUGUCUUCGCCUUUCGCGCCAGCAAGGUACGAGUGAGGAAGACUGGUGAGGUUAAAAGCGAAGACCAAUACACCAAAGGAGCUAUGCUUGACCCCCAGGAUGAAGAGCGCAAGCAAGGCAGCCUCGAGAUCAGUGCGGUUGAAGAGCUCAGCGCCCAGGAUGAAGGGUUUGAAGAGGAGAAGGUGAAGGAGGGAGAUGAGGAGGUUUUCUGUGCCAUCCCCAAGGACGAGGACUCAGAUGAUGAAUGGUAAUGAUACACAAGCUAUGGUCGAAGG